AUGAGCGCCGUACCGAUUAUUGUGUGGUGCCAUCCACGCUCGUGCUCUACGGCAUUUGAACGCUCGUUCCUUCAGCGCAAGGACACCAAAGUGUACCAUGAGCCAUUUAGCGACCCGUUCUACUUUGGCGAAGCCCGACCUUGCAAACGGUACUCGGAGGACGAAUGCCGUGAGCACGAAGCGUACCACUCGUCGAUCGAGCAGGUAGCUAUGAAGCUGCUCGACGAUGCAAAGAACCAGGAUGGUACAUCGCAUCGCUUCCUAUUCAUCAAGGACAUGGCGCAGUUCAUUUUCCCCGCCAGCUCAUUGCACGCAUGGCACCCCACCUCGAAGGUGUUCCCUGCCACAGACGAGGCCACCACGGCAGCGCCUCCAUCGCCGAUGGAGAAUCCGACCGUACUGCCCACAGCCCUGCUCCGCCGCUUCAAACACACGUUCCUCAUGCGCACACCAGAACGUAGCGUGCCCAGCUACUACAAGUGCACCCAGAACAACGCGGCAGGCUUCAAUUUCUUUGAUCCGGCUGAAAUGGGCUUCGUCGAACUUCAACGGCUGUAUGACUGGAUGGCCAACCCAGCCUCGACGUUCCACACAGACCCCGACGACGAGCGUUUCGCAGCAUGGCCAGUCCAGACCUCCCACGGCCCUCCACCGUUGAUGGAUGCCUCGGUGCUGCUGAGCCACCCAGGCUACGUCGUGAGCUUGUACUGCGAGGCGACCCAGGUACCGUUUGACCCCUCAAUGCUCUCGUGGGACCAGGGCGCCGUCGACAUUUGGGCCAAGUGGGGAACGUACCAUGCCGCCGCAGAGCAGAGCAGUGGCUUUCAAGAGACCAAGAUGGAGACGCCGCUGGAAGAGCAGCCCAGCAUUGUGAAGGACACCAUUGCCCAAUUGAUGCCGAUCUACCAUGCUUUGCUGGAGCACUGUACCAUUCAAGCACCGCAGAAAAAGUAA